AUGCCCUCCCGACCCCUCGCCCCGUGGCUCCCCGCCUUAAAAUCCCACCUCACCUCCCCCUCCGCCACCACGUCUUUCACACUGACCACAAUCGGGAAGUCAUUGCACGGCGGGCACGCGGUCCCGCGCGCCCGCACCGUCGAACUCCGGGGCUUCUUCCCCUCGCUCAGUCUGCACCCGUCAGCAAUCAAAUCCCUCAAGGAGCAGAAUAUCGGUCUGAAUCCGGAUAUAUAUGAGAGUGAGAUGAUUGCGGUGACUACGGAUGUGAGGAUGGAGAAGGUGGGGGAGUUGGGGGCUUCGGGUGGGGUGAUGGAGGGGAUGUUUUGGUUGGGGGAGGUGGGGAGCAGUGGAGGGUUAGGGGGAAGGGGUUUGGAUACUGGGGAGAGGGAGGUUGUGGGGAGGGGGUUGAGGAGGAAGGAGGAUGAGGGUGGUAAGGAGGGGGAUGGGGAGUGGACGUGGGAGAGGCAGGUGGAUAUGUAUUUUGCGAAUCAUUCGCCUGCUAUGAGAGGCACGUUCAAGAAUCCGCCCCCUGGAACACCACGGUCUCAGGACCCCGGAAAGCCUCAAUUGAAGCUUGGACAGAAGGUGGAAGAUCUCCGGGAUGAAGUUGCGCGAGCGAACUUUCGGGUGCUGGUAAUUCGGCCGGAGGAGGUCGAGAGACUGGAUUUGCAGGAUCCAGCGAAUGUGACGCGGACGAGGUGGACGGCAGUGCGCGAUGGGGAGGAGUGGGAAGAGGUAGAGUUGUGGCCUUGAUCUCGACUCUCGGAGAAAAGAAGGCUGUCACCCGGAGUAGAGGGUUGCUAUUUUGGGUGCAACCAAUGGCAAAGUGCUUUGAUGGGCUUUGUUGGGAUGUUGCCGUUGUAGAUUAGGAUUUCAGGCGGAACCUGUCGAGGUUGAGAAUAAAAGGUGAUGUCCGUUGCAAGAGAGGGAACAAUCCGACGCAAAAUCCCCAUGUAUGACAUAAAGAGUCUGGGCCCAAAUCCUUUCAGCAGGGUACAAAUGCGACCCGGAUAAUAGCCUGUCUUCCACAUUUGUUUGUCCGGUGUCUUUGUUGCCUUGACUUGUUGGAAUAGUAUCUUUAUGUGUCGAUGAAGCAGACCUUGAUGACAGCCGUUGUGUUCUCUGAAACACACAAUAAGCACAAAGGCAUCAACCCUUGCAACUCGAUCCAGUCAAAGUUAAAGCUGACCCUUGUGCUCCUG